AUGAUUCCUGGUGUUUACCUUUCCGUAUUAAUUUUGCGAUUAACCAAUGGCGACGAAGUUAAUAAAGGAUGUCCCUUCUACUUUCUAGAACUCAACGAGCGAAAGACUGAGUGUAAGUCCCGAAAGUCAGUUGAACUUCGUCCAAUCAAAGCACGAGCGUACAAUCUAAUCAGUGGGGCGGCUCACUAG